UUGCGGAGGAGGAGACAAUGGAUGUCUGAUGGACUUGAGGAAAGAAGAGGAAGGUUACUCUAGUGGUAUUCACUCAGUUCAUUGAGAACAAUAGAAUUGGUUUCUUGAUCCUAGUGGAAAAGAUAAUUGACUCAAAGUGAAUGAACGUUUUAUCCAGAGCGGAGAUGAUUCGCGAUUCACGAUUUUUGGAAAGAACUCAUCGUCAAUUGGAAACUAAUUUAGAAGAUUUAUGGCGUCAAAACUUUCGUCUAAAAUCUCGCAGUGAACUGAGUCUCCACGACCGCAAUUCUUACUCAGAUUCAAAUUGUGACUGUAAGGAUCACUGUUACUUCUCUGUGGCAUUCGAAAAACUUGGAUUAGAAGCAGAAGAGAACUCGAGUGAAGUUAUGGGACCAAAUGGCAAGUCACAGGAGACACAGACGUGUCAUUGCGAUGACUGUGCUAGGGAGGUGUGCAAGAACGUUGCUUUCAAAACUCGAGAAAUUUCUACUCUAAGAUUAGUGGUUCAGGGGCCGGAAGUGCUGAAUCAUCAGGGAAUUAGACAUUCGCCGCAAGACCUGGCGCCGUUCUGGAAGAAGGACUCGAGAAUGUGGCUGUGGAAGUCCUUCAGACUUGCCAGGAAACGAAAAUCAAAGACAAAGUCAUUUGUUAAAUUUGCUGCUAUUGAUUCGGGCUUUGAUAGAACGUGAAAUAUUUUUCAUGGCAAUUUUUCGUCUUUAGAUCAUCAUAUUUGAUAUACUGCAAUCAAAUUUUAUAGUACAUGAAACUUUUAUGUACAUAUUUUUUGGAAUAAAUGGAAUAAAGUCUAUGUAGGACAGCCCUAUGUAAUAUUUCAAUGGUUGCAGGCAUUUUCGGGGAUUAUUUGGGAAUUAACCACAGCUUUUCAUUGGUUCCGGAGUCUCUAGGGUCUCCUCGGAGGGUUCAGGAAUUUCUCCCAUUUCGAAACGCACGAAAUCAAUAAUCUCUGCGUGAGCACCCAGCAGAACCUGCUGAACACUGAGGCUUGGGUCCAGGAGAAAUUCUUGAUGAAUCAUUGUUGUUUCAUCGUCAGCAUUUGGUAUUGGUUCGUCGACGCCUGGCUGACCAAUUUUGGUUGGAUUCAUUCCUGUGAAAUUCACACAUAAACAUAGGGUCCACAAAAUAACAAUCCUGUUCAGAGUUACUCUGAAAUUUUUCAUACACGAGAAUAUUGACAAUCAAGCUUUGCUUCCUUACCAAUGAUAUGCUGACAAAGUUGCAUCCCAAGAACUGGAUUCUCAGUGGAUGAUUUGAAUGCCAAUAGUGCUCCGUACCUCCCAAAAGAGGCUGGAAUGGGAUUGACAGGUGCUGGAUGCGUGCAACCGAUCAAUUGAAUGCUGGGAUCAACGCUCAUACAGAGAGCUCUUUUCACAGCGAUGUUUUCCCCAAUGGUACCAAUAGUCAGGGCUGCAUGAUCAGCAACUGUCUUACCAUCGAGUGCAGGCAGGUUCUUCAGUGCUUCUGCGUCUAGCAGGGUUCUGUGCACCUGGUCUAUUGUUUGCUGGUUUCCACUGAAUUUGAGGACAGCUGACGCUAUGAGCUCAGCCAAACCGUGGAACGUUUUGUUGCGAGCGACGAAAUCUGUCUCGCAAUUUAUUUCGACCAACGCCCCAUGGUUUUUGUCGACCAUCACUGCUACUAGACCUUGUUUCGUUGAUCUCCCCUGGAGUUUUUGGGCUUUGGA